AUGUCUAAACCAGAAGAGAACAUACAGGUGAGAAAACCAAGACAACAAAUCUUAUCAUUGUUAAAAUAUGUGGUUAUUUCACUAAUGCUAAUUGCGGCAGUCGAAUAUUUCAAAUACGCAACCAGAAUCAACUAUGACUGGUUCCAUUGUACUGCUGUAGGUGAACCAAUUGAAAACUCUUCAGUGGUCAAACUAUACGCUCGUGGUGGCCCAUCAUGUGAUAAGAGAGGCGAAUUUAAGACAAUUGUUAAGAGAAUUACAAGAGAUUAUGAACCAAAUGAUGAAUCACUUUCCUUCUGCAUAAAGGAAAAUAAACAUCUAAACUCAAUUCACUACCCAAUUCACGAAGAAAAGGGUGAACCUGGCUAUUUUGCCUAUGUGGGGUACGAUUCCGAUUAUAACUUAAUAGAGAAAUAUUGUGAAGAUUCCGUAAUCUACCACAUGUGA